CCGCUGUGCAUGCCGGGAUGUCCUGGCAGUCAGUUGGAGGCCGCACUCCGCUUUGAGGAGUCUAGCGGAGCUGAGCUGUGUUUACCUGCCUUGUGUGUACCUGUCCUGGGUGUGUACACCCGCCGAGCGACGGGGACGAUUAGCCUGGGAAACGUCUUAGAUCCCGCGCAGGACACUUGAGACGUCUUUGCAGAGCUGUGAAGUUCCAGUGUAUCUGAUAGAAUGGAGGAGCAGUGUCAGGCCACGCAGGGGCCACCUGUCUCUCAGUUCCAAACACAGAAAGCACUGCGGCCGGACAUGGGUUAUAACACUCUGGCUAAUUUCCAAAUUGAGAAGAAGAUUGGCCGGGGCCAGUUUAGUGAAGUUUACAGAGCCACAUGCCUUUUAGAUGGAGUUCCCGUAGCCCUGAAGAAAGUACAGAUUUUUGAUUUGAUGGAUGCCAAAGCCCGAGCAGACUGUAUCAAAGAAAUUGACCUCCUUAAGCAACUGAACCAUCCGAAUGUAAUUAAGUACUAUGCCUCCUUCAUUGAGGACAAUGAGCUGAAUAUAGUCUUGGAAUUAGCAGAUGCAGGGGACCUAUCUAGGAUGAUAAAGCAUUUUAAAAAGCAGAAAAGGUUGAUCCCAGAGAGGACUGUGUGGAAAUACUUUGUACAGCUCUGCAGUGCUCUGGAACACAUGCAUUCCCGUCGUGUCAUGCACAGAGAUAUUAAGCCAGCCAAUGUGUUUAUAACAGCCACAGGCGUGGUGAAGCUGGGGGAUUUAGGUUUGGGCCGCUUCUUCAGCUCCAAAACCACAGCUGCGCAUUCUUUAGUUGGUACUCCAUAUUACAUGUCACCUGAGAGAAUACAUGAGAAUGGAUACAAUUUCAAAUCAGAUAUUUGGUCACUGGGAUGUCUGCUUUAUGAGAUGGCGGCAUUACAGAGCCCGUUUUAUGGAGACAAGAUGAACCUUUACUCUUUGUGUAAGAAGAUAGAACAAUGUGACUAUCCCCCGCUACCUUCCGACCAUUAUUCAGAGGAGCUACGAAUGCUGGUGAACACUUGUAUCAAUCCAGACCCAGAGAAGAGACCAGAUGUCACUUAUGUUUACGAGGUGGCAAAACGCAUGCACGCCAGCAGCUAAACCGGGGUACAGCACAGAGUCUCCCUGCCCCAGUCAUUGACCUAUUGUGGGGCAGUAUACCCAUAUUCUAUUAGUCCUAUGUUACUGGAGAGGUCUGUAGCACGGACCCCUUUGGUAGCAAAGGUUAGCCAUUUGGGGCUUUUGCUAGUGGGUAUUUUUCCCUUAAUACUGUUUUACUUCCCACUGAAGGAAUCUGGUGCUCAUACACACCCAGUCUUUUGCAGUAAUGAUAAAUGUAUCAUCCCAGAAAUAAUGGUAUAUCUCAUGGUGAUUCUAUUAAAUGCCUUUACAAACACACAGGAUUUGUUUUGCAGUAUCACAGUAGGUACCCCAUCAAAAUAUGGUUUGGAAUAGGAAGAUGUGUAAAACAUUAAAAGAACAAUAAACAGGAUUACAAGUAAGACUACAAAACUUGACUUAAUCUCCUCAAAAGGUUUUAAGCCUCUGGUGGAUUUUAGAGAGGUACUAAAUAUAAUAAUAAUAAUAAAAAAAUACAUAAGCUGCCAGCUUGGUGAAUUAACUGAAGUAAUUGUUAACUUGCUGGUUGAUUCACAUUUGUUGGCAGUUGGUAUCCACAUUAACCCAUUAACAGCCACCAGGAGAUGAGAAAUCAUGAUUUUCAUUUUAACCAUGCUGCUUACCCUCUUUCCCCUAUAGUAGUAAUAAAGGCUACAUGUGCCUUUUUACAUCUUUAGGUAAACUUUUGUGCAAUGUAAUGUUUUGUUGUGUUUUUUAUCUUACAUUUUAUAUGUAAAAUGUCUUUUAUGUAUAUUUUAUAUUUUCACCACAACAGCAUUUAUCUCAAAGCCAAAGAUUUAUGGUAAUUAUUAGUAAAUCUUUUUUUUUUUGUUUGCUAUAUACAAAUCCUAUUUCUUAAGUGAGUCAAUUUCCUCUCUUACUAACUCUGCAGUUCUAUAUAUAUAUAUAUAUAUAUAUAUAUAAAUAUAUAUAUAUAUAUAUAUAUAUAUAUAUAUAAAUAAAUAAAUAAUCUGGCUAGCGCUAGGUUGCAGCAGACAUAAUAGAAGUAUAUACACAUAGAUUUAUUUUAUUUAAGAUGAACUAACGCUUAGGACCAAAAUCAACUAUUGGCAUGAAUUAAUUCCCAGUAGGUGCCUUAUAAUUGCAAUAUUUUUCAUUAAAACCACAUUUUCAAAGAAACUUUCUGGCCAGUAAUAUAUACAUAUUUUUCUAUGUUUCCCGUUUGAAUCGAUCUAGAAUUGGUAAGGGUGAUUACUUUUGGUAUUUUCAAUUUAGUAGCAAUAACUCAAAGUUCAUAUUCUGUCCUUCACCUUUAUCUUUGACGAAAAAGUGUUGAAUGCAUUGCACUAAUCCUCUGGCUGAUGCAGCCAUGUUGCAUUUUGUUUGAUUAUGGGGUGUCCCAACACCAGAUAAGUAGCGCAAAAUGUUUCUUUUUCUUUUAAAACCGUGAUUUUUUUUUUUUCACACUGUAUCCGUCCACUUCUGCAGUUUAGAUAUAAAUGGUUUCAAUGCCCAAAGAGAUCUGGCUAAUUAAAUAAUAUUUUCUAUGUAUUAGCACAUGUUUAUAUUUGCCUUAACAGAUGCAGUUUGAAAUGAUAUGGGCCCGAAUGUUGACAUACCCUUAAGGUAACAUAUCACUUAAACGCCUUUUGCAGGCAUUGAGAAGAAAUAAACAA